AUGGCAACUCUUCUCCUCACAAAUUUUCUCAACUCUACACCGGAAAUCGCGGAAAGUGAUGAAGAAAUUUUACUGAAAAGGAUCAAAUUCGGUUUAUUUCUUUCAUUUCAAAUUCCAUCGAUUAUUUGUCAUCUAUUUCUUAUUUACCAUCUCAUUCAUGAUCGUUUAUUACGCGUCGCUCUUCGCAAUCAUGUUAUUUUAGUCUUACUCAUUCUCAACUUUUUACUGAUCACCAUUGAUCUAUCCAUAGUACUUGAUUUUCUUUAUAUUGGUUACAUUCGGGAAAAGACUGUGCAGGUUUGUCAAACAUGGAAUCUUCUCGAUUCAUUUCUUUCGAAUUCUUCUUCGUUUCUUAUGGUAUGGGCUUCGAUUGAACGACACAUUAUCAUAUUCCAUGAUCGUCAAUUUCAUAACACUCAACUCAAACGAAUUCUUGUUCAUUACACUCCUNACGGCCAUUUAGAAAGUGCAUUACAUCCGAUCUCCACAUGUCAAAUGGGAUUGUGCAGUGAUACAAGAUUACGAGUGUUCAACAUCAGUCAAGUACGAGUUUGUGAUGCGUCAGCAUUCGGCGAACAGAUCGAUGCUAAUCCAACGGCGACGAUCUUUGCCUUGGCAGAAAGAUUAGCUGAUAUUAUUCGAGAAGAUUACAACGAAUUUCAUGAACCACUUCAAGUCAGAUCGUCGACGCCACGUGUCGCAUCUGGACCAACGAUAUCUGGCACAUCAGUGAACCAUUUGAAAGACUAUUCAAAAUUUUUUCCUGAUGCAGCCUAA